GCCUCGGUGGGGGUAGAAAAACAAGAAAACGUAAACGUGCUCGAUAGUCACGUCAAAAUAUGGCCGACGCUGAUGCGGUCGUUAGAAGUGGUGCGCGAAUAGAGAAUAUGAAAGUGUCAAAUGGACCCCGUGUGGUAACGAUUAACAAGACUGAGACGGGGUUCGGGUUCAACGUUAGGGGACAGGUUAGCGAAGGUGGUCAGCUGAGGAGCAUCAACGGGGAGCUCUACGCCCCCCUGCAACAUGUCAGCGCUGUUCUGGACAGGGGGGCCGCCGAGCAAGCCGGGAUCAGGAAGGGAGACCGGAUCUUGGAAGUGAACGGCGUGAACGUAGAGGGCGCCACCCACAAGCAGGUGGUGGACCUGAUCAAGUCCGGCGGAGACGUGCUCACCCUCACCGUCAUAUCGGUGACGCAGCAGGAGGCGGAACGGCUGGAACCGUCGGACGACAGCCAGGUGUACUACGAUUACAGCGAGAAGAGGUCGCUGCCGAUCAGCAUCCCCGAUUACCACUACAACGAGAGGGGCGGGGAGCGGUACGUCUCCUUCAACAUAUACAUGGCGGGCAGGCACCUGUGCUCCAGGAGGUACAGGGAGUUCGCCAAGCUGCACAGCGACCUGAAGAAGGAGUUUAUGGGUUUUACAUUCCCUAAACUGCCGGGAAAGUGGCCUUUUACUCUGAGCGAGCAGCAGCUGGACGCUCGCAGAAGGGGCUUGGAGCAAUAUUUAGAGAGGGUGUGUGCUGUUCGCGUGAUAGCCGAGUCGGAUGUGAUGCAGGAUUUCCUCACCGAUCAGGACGACGAGAACAACAGCAGCCCUGUCGACUUAAAAGUAUUAUUACCUGAUAGAGAUGUAGUGACUGUAUCGCUUAAGAAGAGUGCUAAUGCGGAUGAGGUGUACGAUGCGGUGGUUAAGAAAGUUGGGAUGAGCAAGAAGGUGUCCAAUUAUUUUUAUUUAUUUGAAAUCGUCGAAUAUAACUUUGAGAGGAAGUUGCAACCGAACGAGUACCCCCACAACCUGUAUAUACAGAACUAUAGCACGGCAACCAGUACUUGCUUGAGUAUUAGAAAAUGGCUGUUCUCCCUUAACAAGGAAUUGACCCUAAUGUCCGACACCCAAGCGACUUCAUACAUAUUUUGGCAGGCCGUCGACGAGGUGAACCGCGGGUACAUCCACGCCGGCGAGCGCCUCUACCAACUGAAAGCCUUGCAGGACAACACCAGGGCCGCGGAGUACCUAAAACUGGCCCGCGAGCUGCCCGGCUACGGCGAAGUGGUCUUCCCGCACUGCGCCUGCGAUUCCCGCAAGGACGGCCACGUUAUUUUAUCGCUGGGUACGGCCGGUAUCAAACUACAUGCUUGCAGGGAGGAUGGCACUCCGGAGAGCCAGGUGGUAGCGCUGCAGUGGGACUCUGUUAGGCAGUGGGAGAUCGACGAGGAGGGCAUGGCGUUCUGCUUGAAGUACAACAGGCAGGACAAGACGCCGCGGUGGCUGAAGAUCUUCACGCCUUAUUACACCUACUUAAUGGACUGUUUCGAGAGAAUCAUAGAAGAGAGCAAAUGGCUGGACACGGGCGAAUGAUUCCCUCCACCCGUCGUCCGAAUAGGUUCCUCGUAAAUACAUAAUCAAUUACACUGUGUAAAAAAUUCUAAUUAAAAAAAAAAUACGGUAGUCCCUUCAAAACCUACUAUAUAUAUGUGAUGUAACGUGUAUUAUAUACUCUUAUCUAUUUUUUAUUACCUUAUUAUGAAGCUUUAAAGGAGGCCAUUUAGAAUUACUAUUAGAAAAAGAAACAUGUUAUGCACGAUCUGUGGCGUUUUUCUGUUCUGUUCUUAGUGGAAACGGUAAGAUUCGUGAAAUGUAGAAUUCAUAAUUAUCGUCCGUGUGAUAGAGAUCAAAUGAAACAUUUAAACGUAGGCAAAUUGUAUAUAGUAUAUCAAUUUUUUUUUAAUUUUUGUUUUAACUGUAGUCGGCAGUUGUUUUGAACUUUCCCGAGUUAGGCAGGUUUAGACGUAGCACGAUCACGUACUUUGAAAAACUGUAGUUAAAAAAAAGUAGGGUUAUGGUUCUCUUAAUUCAUAUCGGUAUUAUUCUACUGCCGUUGGAGUCGUACGCAGCCCGAUGUCAUUCGUUAUUGUAUAUACAGAGUGUUUGGAAGGGAUUACUCCGGUUUGAUUAGCAGAAAUAAUGGUUAUACACGAGUGUUUCAGUCUUCCAAGAAUUUCUUUCGCCUCGUUUAUAUGUCUGCCUGUAACGUUUUCAAUUCGUUCGUAUACGCACUUAAAAAUGUGUAUUUGUCUUGAAUGUCACCGAAUUUUAACUAUUUCAGUGUAUUUUUUCUCAAAUAUUUAUCGUUUGGUUUCUAUGGAUCGUAAUAAAUGUUAGGGUAUUCAAAUAAACAGUUUUCUUAGUGUAUAAGACGAUUGUUCCGAUACUUAUAGUAUAUUCGAUUUUGUUGCGGCUGAUCCUUUUCAAACACCCUGUCAAUUAUUUAACAAAGAAAAACAGCUCUUCUUCCAUUCUUUCUUUCCAAUUAUAUGUACAAUUUAUUUUGCUUUUAUUUAUACUGUGAUGUCCAUUUCACGAGGUGCUGAUGUAGUUACUUUUUUUUAUAAAUUAUGGACUGUAUGGUUUUUGUCAUUUAUUUUUAAUAAUGGGCUUCGCAGUAUAUCGGAUUUUGAGUCUCUCUUUGUAUGCUGUGUUAUAUUUUGUUAUAUUCUCAAAGCGGCCAUUGCCGGAUUUUGUUUGCACUAAAUUACGAUUUUUAGUUUUAUAGAGAAUAUUUAUAUACUUACUAGCUCAGACUUAUUUACAUGUAGGCGAUUUGAUAGUAUUAUAUUUCUAUAUCCUAUCAGAUCUUUUUUGUAUAAAAAGGCUAAUAGUGUUGCCCUGAUAAGAUAUAUAUCUGUGUUGAGUAAUGUGUGCAAGGUGUUCCACUAAAAUUCCCCAGUCCGACAUCUCGAAGACCAAGCGAGGCGUCUAAGUUCGAAAAAAGCGUUGAGCUCUCCAUGAAACUAGAUGGAGCAAACCCGAGAAUUUUUUGCGACGUCAGGUGAAGGUUGUGAUAACUUUUGUUCAAAAACUGUUUUUAUUACAAAAGCGCUAAGAAUUUGACGGUUUUCAUGUGGUUCACUUUUUUGCUGAAUUCAGAUCUCUUGAUUUUUGAGAUAUCGAAAUGUGAGGCUUUAAACGGAAUGCCCUUCACAUAUUUUUAAAAAUUUACCUUUUUCGUAGAGGAAUAAUGGAGUUUUCUGGCCGUUAUGCACCAAAUUCGAAAAUAAAUAAAUUAUGAAGUAUUAA